ACAAGCAAACGGAAGCUGUCGUUGUUUGGAGUAGGGGAGCUCAUUUUGAAAUGUUGCGCUUGUUAUUAUUCUAAACCACUGUUGACGUGAUUUCUACUUUAUUAGUGAAUGCCGAUUAAGAAGUCGAAGUAGUUAUCACAGUUUAGUUACCAUCAGUAUAGAAGAUGAGUAUCCUCUCAGUUAAUGGUUAAACAACAAUACAUAAAUGAGGUGUCGUGUUUGACACUGUUGUGAAGAAGUAUCUUUCGGGAAUAGGGCACCGACUGAGUUAACUCGUGUACUGUACGUCAGAAAAUAUCAGGAUUGGCGCCGUGUGGAAAUAACGGUCUUCAUGUCGGUAUCGUUACAAUGGCGGAUCAAAAGGAGAACGUGAAGUUUCAGGACGAAAACAAGCCACAGCGUAAUGGAUCAGACAGCUCUGCUCAUAGUAAGCCCAGCUGCACGCAAAGUGGCCUCACGGAGAACGACGCACACGGCCCUGCUGCCAGCAGAGGCGAGUUCAGCAAUCCUGUGUACAAAGAGAUCGCGCUUGCCAAUGGACACAUCAACAGGAUGAACAAAGACGAGCUGCGCAGGAAGCUGUCUGAGUUAAAGCUGGAAACCAGGGGGGCGAAGGACGUCUUAAAGAAGAGGCUGAAAAAUUACUACAAGAAGCAGAAACUGAUGCAGGCCGUGGUGACGGAGAACAGCAGCACCGACACGUACUACGACUACAUCUGUGUGGUGGAUUUUGAAGCCACGUGUGAGGAGAACAACCCCCCAGAUUACCUCCACGAGAUCAUCGAGUUCCCCAUGGUGCUCGUGAACACUCACACGCUGGAGAUUGAAGAUACAUUUCAGGAGUAUGUAAAACCUGAAAUUAAUACAAACCUUUCCGACUUCUGUGUCCAACUAACAGGAAUCACACAGAAAACUGUUGACGGAGCAGACACCUUCCCCACUGUUCUGCAGAAGGUGGUGGACUGGCUUCAGAGCAAGGAGCUGGGAACAAAAUACAAAUACGCAGUCCUGACCGAUGGGGCUUGGGAUAUGAGUAAAUUCUUAAACAUUCAGUGCCGUAUAAGUCGCAUCCGGUAUCCCCAGUUUGCCAAGAAAUGGAUCAAUAUCCGCAAAGCCUAUGGGAACUUCUACAAGCUGCCGAGGACGCGGACCAAGCUGAGCACCAUGCUGGAGAUGCUGGGGAUGAAGUACGAGGGCCGGCCCCACUGCGGGCUGGACGACUCCCGCAACAUCGCGCGCAUCGCCAUGCGCAUGCUGCAGGACGGCUGCCCGCUGCGGGUCAACGAGAGAAUGCACGCCGGCCAGCUGAUGAGCGUGCCCAGCACCGCACGCGAUGAGGGCGCCCCUGCGCCCCGUUCGCCCAGCUGCAGGAGUUAAGCUGCACUUCCCCACAUUCUGCUCUCGGGGCUGCUCUCAGUUUUAAUUGUAUGCAGGGUUUUUCCGUGUCAUGCAGAA